GCAGAAAAUACACACUUUCGGACUAGCUAGCCUCGGUCGAAUUCGGAGUGGGAAUGUUUUUCUCAAAAUGGCGCUCGGACUGUGUAACAACGAGUAGACAGAAUAGGUGACGCGAAAAAUUGAAAAUUAACAACAAGAACUUGGUAUUUUUGUGAAAAUUAUAGUUGAAAAGUGUGCAUAAGGAUUUAUAUAAUAUCGGUCAAUUGGAGUUUAAACUGCAAACAUCAAAUAGCAGUGAAAAUUUUCAGUUUUUACCAAAACGCAACACAGCGAGUUGCAGGAGAACGCGACGAGUCACGCAAGGCGACAGCUUUGGGCAACGGCGCAUAGAACGACCGGUCGAGCCGUUUUGCCGUGCAGCUACCACAGUCGUAAUCCAGCUAGAUACAUAACGCAAGACAAAGUACACAUUUGAGGUGCUCCAUUGAUUCGAAUGCUGAGCGGGCGUUGGAGUAGUACGGGACAAGCAAAUAAAAUCCCCAAACUAGAAAUUUUCGUACUGCGCGUACAUUUCACCAAUCGGAAGCAUAGCAAUCAUCUAUAUAUAUACCGCAUAAACGUUUCUUAAACAAUAUGGAUCCCAAUUCAAGUCCCUGGUCUUAUGCUUAUAAUCGCAUUGUGCCAUCUGCCUCCAGUACUGGUUCUGCAGAAGAUUUUCAACACCCGCACUUGGCGCCAGCACAGUCUUUGUUUCUACAAGCAGCACAUUCAGGCAUAGCUGCAAGCUUCAAUGCCGCAGCUGCGGGCAGCGGCAGUUUUGUGUCACCAUCGCCUAUCAGCGGAUAUAAUCCGGUAUUUCAACAAAUCUACCAUCAUGCAGCAGCUGCUAGCGCACAACCAAAACCGGCACAUUACGCUUCAAGUGCGGUCAAUACGCCCGUACGUCAGAUACAAAUCCCAUCAACGCUGGAUAAACAAUUGACGAAUUUCCAAAAUCAAGCCGCAGUUGCUGUUGUAUCAUCUGCUGCAGCAGCUGCUGCAAAUAAUGCAGCGUCUAAUUAUUAUGGUGAAAAUUCUUCGUCAAGCGGUGCAUCGCCAUCGCCCACAACUUCUGCUCUUACAUCAACAACGCUCAGUUGGAAUACGCCGAUGAUAUCCAAUACUUUUUUAGCUAUGCAACAACAGCAGCAGCAACAACAGCAGCAACAGCACCAGCAGCAGCAGGCACAGCAGCAACAAUUGAAUUUAGUUGCGGAUAAGGUGCAAAUCAAACAGGAGAAACCCGCCGAUCUUAAAACUUAUAAUGACAUAAUUAUUUAUCAGACACAACUACAACAGCAGCAACAACAGUUGCAACAACAACAACAGCAACAGCAAGAAGAAGCUACUGCUUCAAUAGACAGUGAUGGUGAAAUGUACUAUACUAUCGAUGGUAAAAAUUAUAAAAUUGUGCGAAAAGGGCAGCAACAACAAGUUAUACAAGUAGAGCAUAUACAACAGAACGAUGUAAAUGCUACAUAUGCUGCUGGCAGCACAACACCAGCCCUUACCGUUGCAGUUGAUGGUGCAGUGUCGCCUCAUGUAAUCGUAUAUAAGACGGGUGUAGGUGCGGAAUCACCUGUCUUGCGGCGCAACGUUGCAGGUGGCAGCUCACCCGCAUCAACUGUGGCAUAUUCCUCUGUGAUACAAAGUACACCGCCACAACAGCAACAGCUGCAACAACAGCAACACGUUUCCGCGUGUUGGACUAAAAUCGAAGAUACAAAUGGAUCUACGGAUGGUGGUGGUAGCACAGAAGAUGUGAAAAAUGUUUUACAACUUCAAGUAAAGCAGGAGAAUCGUCAAUUGGGCUAUGUUACGGAUAACGAAGUGGGCGAAAGUUUAAUAUUUAACUUGCCACCUGGCCUAGAAAUUAAGCAAACGUUAUAUAAUCCGAAUACGAGUUCUUCUAUAGGUAAUGCGAGUGUUUUGCAACAUACACAACAACAAGCUCAACAACAGCAACAACAGCAGCUGCUUGUACAACAAAAUUUAUACAAUAAUAAUCAAAAAAUGCAGCAACAGCAGCAGCAGGUCGAAAAGCAGCGGCGCCAGCAUAUGGUGGCAAAUAUGCUGGUGUCGCCAACGGCUACUAAUAAUCAGCAACAGCAAACCACUGCCGCUCAACAACAGCAGCAACCACAAACUACGUCUUCCCAAGCGUCACAGAUUCAAAUCAUACCCAAGGUUGAAGUGGAACAACCAAAACAGUUGCCGGCGAAACCGGCCAAGACGCCGCGUAAACGCCAACCCAAAAAGACGCUCGUGACCAACGAAUAUGCGACGGUGCGCAGCCCUCAGCAAGAAGUCGUACAACACCAACAACAACAGCAAGCACAGCAGCAUCAUCAGCAGCAACAACAACAGCAGCAGCAGCAGCAGCAAACGCAACAACAACAACAGCAGCAACAACAAGCUACCUACUAUGACUUCAAUAGUAAAUGGAAUACACCACUGAAGAUUGAGAAUAAUACGCCUUCACCGGUGGCCCAAACGCCAGCUAUAAGCAUACCGACUUAUGUGAACCCACAUGCGGCACAACAACAACAGCAGCAACAGCAACAGCAGGCACAACAACAGCAGCAGCAACAGCAAGUUCAGCAACAGCAGCAGCAGCAACAACAGGUCGCCGCACAACAGCAGCAACAAAUACCACAACCGGCGCAUAUGCAGUCAUCACAGGCGCAAUCACAAGCGCAUUUGACGAAUUUGUCUUCAUAUUAUUCGAGCACAUUUCCACAACAAAUCGCCUCUCAGUACUCGGCAUGCAUGCAACAGAAUGCUGCAACCGCAGGCGCUAUACAACACACGCUAUAUAAUCUCAAUCAACAGCAGCAACCCCAACAGCCGUUGCAACAGUCACCGCAGCAACAGCAGCCGCAGCCGCAGCCGCAGCCGCAGCAACAACAACAGCCGCAACCGCAGCAGCAACAACAGCAAGCGCAAGCACAAGCUCAACAUCAGCAGCAGGCGACCCAACAACAACCACAACAAUCUAGCGCAGAAACCACUUCGGCUGCUAAUGAUCCUAGCAAUAAAGUGAUUGUGCCCAAUAUUGAAGAGGAAUUGGAUUUUCUUACUGACGCAGUUGCACCAAAACAGGGCUAUGCGAACUCUUCUUCAACCACGAACAAGAAUGGACGCAGCGCCACCAAUUUCGGCAUACGACAUCCGCAAACCGAAACGCAAAGUGCUAUCAGCACGCCAGCGGCCAGUUCGGUCGCAAAUAAUGGCUUGGCUGCCACGGCAACGCCCAAAGGUGUUGUCACGCCAGUUAGCGAACGCAAGCCCGUUGUCGGCACUUCCAUCGGUGAGAAAAAGACACAAUUCAUGGACAGCUAUUUAAAGUUCCUGCAGGGCGAGCGUGAUGAUUCACCGCCACCGGCUGUGGUGAAGAGUGGUCGCAAGAUGAACUAUCAGCGUUCGCCGGGUGGCACUGCGGUGAAACGUAUAAAAACAGGCGAUGAUCCAGCAAUCGAUGCUGCUGCCGGCCAAGGAAACGAGCAACAACCGAACCAGCAACAAGCGGAAGUGGGGGACGAACAAAACCCUGUCUUAACAGGGGAUGAUGCACAUCGCAUAAAAAUACUCUCCCAAACGCAAAUAUUACCGAAGAAGCGUCCACAGGCACAUAUGGCAGCCGCCGCAGCUGCCGCUGCUGCAGCUGAAACUUCAACAGCAACAACGACAGGCACCGCAUCGGUCAUUCAGCAUCCAGCUGAACAGCAACAGCAAAUACAACAUCAGCAGCAACAACAGCAAUCAUUCCGGCCGUACGGGCAACAACAUCCGGUGCAGUCGCAGUCACAACAACAGCAGGCACAACAUCAACAACACCAACAGCAACAGCAAUACUGUGCACAAUUGGGCUUUAGCGGUGGUGGCGGCGGCGGCAGCAGUCAAGAUCCACUCACAUUGCCGCCUCGGCGCGAGCAAGGGCUACGUAAAGCGAAACAGACAAGCAUGCACGCCAUGUUUAUGAGUUCGGGCAGUGCCGGUGGCGCUGGUACCAGCGCCUUGGCUGAUAAUGAAGAUCAAGAGCCCGAUGAAUUUGCAGAUUCAGACACAGAUCCGGUGUGGACACCACAAGAAGAGGAUAGCGAUGAUGGCAGCAGAAGUUACCGCCGUAAGACGUCGCGUCGUAAUAAGAGCGCACCGCGAAAAUCUAAUUAUAAUGAACAGUCGGAGCCGCAACAAACUCCGCUAAAUCAACAAGUACAACAACAACCGCAGCAACAGCAGCAACAACAACCACAACAACAACAACAACAGCCACAGCAGGUGCAGCAACAGCAAAAUGUUGAUGGCUAUACACCGAACAAGGCCAAUGCAUCUUCGUAUUCUAAUGCUGCGCACGAUGCUGAUAAUUUCAAGGUAGGAUGGAAAAGAAAAAUAAUACAUCUAAUUGCAGAGAAAUGUCUAACGGUUUAGCUCAGCUAAUCAGUU